AUGCCGCCAAAGGACGAUAAGAAGAAGAAGGACACCGGCAAGUCAGCCAAGAAGGACAAGGACCCCAUCAACAAGUCCGGUGGAAAAGCCAAGAAGAAGAAGUGGUCCAAAGGGAAAGUGAGAGACAAGUUGAACAACCUUGUUUUGUUUGACAAAGCUACUUACGACAAGCUGUGCAAGGAGGUGCCAAACUACAAACUCAUCACACCUGCCGUGGUCUCUGAAAGGCUGCAGAUUUGA